AAUCGUUGAAAUCUCAAUUAAUUUGGAUAGAUUUUAAUUAUUUUAACAAUUUAUUUCCAUCAGGAGCACUGCAAAAAAAGUGGAUGUCGUUGACAUCCACUUCUUCAGAGGGCGGUAGUGCACAAGUAUUUUGCGGUUACAGGAAAAAGGCCUUCGCGUGUCCUCUCUCAGGUUUCUCUCAGGUAUCACCGACUGUCACCAGUCACCUAAUGUCAACUAAUGUUGAUAUUAGUAUUAGUCGUAUUAGUUUAAGGCCUUCACUCUACACCUUGUAUAUAAAUCUUUUUUUCACGUAUCUGUCAUUUAUACUGAAUUUUUAGUAACAUACUGUGUCUUUAGAAAAAAAGAAAAUGAGAAACGGCAGCAAAUUGUUAAAAGUUCUUUUACAAGCGUCAGAGAAGGCAGCAAACAUUGCUAGAAUUUGCCGGCAAAAGGAAGCUCUUUUUCAAUUGUUAGUACAAGAAAAAUCCUUAGAAGAGAAAAACCCUCGUUUUUUCCAAGAUUUCAAAACGUUAGCUGAUGUUCUCAUUCAAGAAACUAUCAGACAUGACAUAGAAAUUGAAUUUCCAGAGUUGGCCAAGAUAGUACAAGGUGAAGAAACCAAUGUAUUCAGCAAUAUCUUGGGGGAAUCUAUUAUUGUUGAGAUCUGUUCAUGUAGCAAAGAUACAACACAACUACUGACAAAAGUAAUGGGCAAUGAUGCUGUAGCAGCAGAGUUGCUUGCUGCCGAAGUCCAUAAAGAUGUUCAGCUUUCAGAUGUGCCAAUUACAGUAGACAUUCCUAUUGAUUUUGAUGUCAAUAUAGAAGACCUUGGUAUUUGGAUAGAUCCAAUUGAUUCAACAGCAGAUUACAUAAAUGCAAAGGAAACAGUAGAUGAACAGACCGGUUUAUAUUUGAGUGGGUUACGUUGUGUCACUGUCUUAAUUGGAGUCUACAAAAAAAGUACUGGAGUACCAGUUUUGGGUGUAGUUAAUCAACCUUUUUGCACCAACAUAGACUCACAGUAAGUACAUAGAAUAGAAACAAUAACAAGAUUUAGA